AUGACUAUUACCUGCCUCGAGCAGGGGGUUAAUGCUAGGAUGGAAGCUGUCGAUCCGAAAACACUGCAAUGCGAAAAGGUGGGAGAGGUUAUGCCCGACAUUGCAGGCAUAGGUGUAGAUUCUAGUAGGCUUCGCUGGGCAAGCCUUCAUCUCCUUGGUGUUGUCCUUCUGGGUGGUCUUUCUGUCAAAACUCGGCAGACUCAUUUUUCAGUACGAAGACGGUACGAAGAACAUGAAGCCGAGAAGAAAAGGCUUAAGCUCGUAUCUGACAUUCUGAUGGUCGGCAACGACGUGCAAAUGCUCACAGGCAUCGCUUUGCUCAUCACGGCCUUCUCUCAGUACGGUAUGGCUGGCGAUGAAGAUCGCAUCGAUCUUUAUCACCUACAUCUCAUCUUUGACACCGUCAGCUUUGUUGGGGUCUCUAAUUGUUCCGCCCUUAUCUGUUGGACCUUCAUGGCCGCUAAGCUUCCGUAUAUGAGCAGUCCGGUCAGCAGCGGCCUCAAGCAGUCGAAGAACCACCAUCUUUCCUUGACAUCAGCUCGGCAUCGAGCAGGAUACGUUUUUGCGCUAUGUUUUCUUGUGCUCACGAUACUACUAGAGCUUCGAUUAAACGACUGGAAGCUUGAGUCUGAGGAGCUCGGCAAUUGUUUCCGCGAUGGUUUAACGGCGAUAACGAGCGCGUCCCAGCCCGGCUCUGCCAAGACUUACGUGGCGGUCACCGCAACAUGGCUGCUUGGCUGCAUGAUCACUUUAUUCAUAGGGGGUACAAAGCGCUAA